AAUGGCGUGCGGUUGGCCAGUUGGUAGUGCAUUAGUCGGCUUGUUAAUUAGGAAAUGGUCUAUUCCCGGUCAAUAUUUAAUUCAAAUAUCCUCAUUCAUCUUGGGAAUGUCAUUAAUAUUAUCAACAAUCCUUAAAGAUCAUGUCAGUCAUAUAUUUUUUAGUAUUAUUUAUGGCAUGGGAAUUGGUUCCUGGAACUAUUCCUUAAGAUAUCACUCGUAUAAGACCGUGGGCUGUAAAUUGUCUGAAGUAUCGUGGUCUUACCAAGUAUUUGCUCAAUCAUUACCCACAUUAUUGGGAUCUCCAGCGGUUUUUUUCACUAAUGAAAACCUAGGUACUAGUUAUGGUUUUAUUAUUGGUGGGUGCUCUGCCCUUUUGGGCUGCUUGAUAAUCUUUUCCUGGGCGUUUGUUGCGAAACAUCAAACGAAUCAAGAAGUUCUCAGAGAGGCUCACUUGAAAACGAAAAUUUUUCAAGAGGAUUCUCUUUCAGCUAUGAAGGUGUCUGAUGAAUUUAACUAUAGAUUAAAUAAAGAAAAUUUAGCUCCGAAUAGUUGGUCAAAAGAAGAAAGAGUACAGGAAUUCGUUCUUCAAACCUCCAAUAAUAGUUUACCUCUACCAGAAUGUUUAUCAACUGCUGUUUAA